CAGCGCAUCCUUCUUACCAAGUAUACCUGCAGCAUUGUCCAUGGUGUGCAUUGUUCUCAGCAAUUCAUGCACCUCUGCAGCCUUGGCUGGCAAUUGGUCUUCAUCGCCAAAUGGAAUCAACCUUACUACCCGCCAGUCAACCACAACACUGUGGGCCACCUGAAAGACACGGCUACCAACUUGAAAAGCGGCCAAGGAUUCGCCAUGAACAUUAUCAGCGAGGCAUUCAUCGAGAAUGCAAAUGAGACUGCCGUAGACACUCCUCCCGAGUUCGACGAGUGGGCUCUCAGCGGUCUGACAAAGGAGAAAUGCGUACAUGUGCACCUUCAUCAUAAGAUAUAUGGACUAACAAUCAUGCGUUUAUGUUAUUCCAAGCAGUUUAAAUCCUCGUUAAUGAUCAACAUAUGAGUGCCUGCCUGCGUACAGGCUCUAUAGUGCUGUAUCACUUCUCACCAAAUAUACAGUGCUUGUCCUUUGCGUCCACACUAGUACUAAUGCAGUGUCGAGUGUUGUUUCACUGCGUCA